AUGGCGGGCAUAAACUCCGCCAGCAAAAGCUCCAGAUUCUCCUCUUCCCAGUCCUACAGCCACGCUACCUGCACCCGCACCCACCAGAUCGCCGCCCUUGCACUGGUUUCUGUCACUUUCUUUCUCACCAGGCUCUCCGACCGCUCCCUCGGCCCCUGCCCCUCAUCCCACAGCGAUUCAUUUUCCGAUUCGGGCCGAACCAGCCCUCCGGGCGACGUCUUUCGCUUCGGGCUGUAUGGGAGCCACCUGAAUUUGAAGAUCUACGUGUACGAUGAGGACGAGAUCGAGGGUCUGAAGCUGCUGAUGUACGGGCGCGAGAGGAAGAUAUCGGCCGACGCUUGCGUAAAAGGCCAGUGGGGCACUCAGGUUAAAAUACAUAGGUUACUUUUGCAAUCAACAUAUCGAACCAGAAAGAAAGAGGAAGCUGAUCUGUUCUUCGUGCCAUCUUAUGUUAAAUGUGUUCGUAUGAAGGGUGGAUUGAAUGAUAAAGAAAUCAACCAAACUUAUGUAAAGGUUUUAAGUCAAAUGCCAUAUUUCAGGUUAUCGGGUGGCCGCAACCAUAUUUUCGUUUUCCCAAGUGGUGCUGGAGCUCAUUUGUUCAAGUCGUGGUCGACGUAUAUAAAUCGUUCUAUAAUUUUGACUCCAGAGGGAGACCGCACAGAUAAACGAGACACCAGUGCCUUCAAUACAUGGAAAGAUAUAAUCAUACCUGGUAAUGUUGAUGAUGGAAUGACAUCAUCACACAAGUCUCGGCUAGUUGACCCUUUGCCUUUAUCAAGGAGGAAAUAUUUGGCUAAUUAUUUAGGCCGGGCACAAGGAAAAACAGGUCGUUUGAAACUGAUCGAUCUUGCAAAGCAAUAUCCUGAUAAGUUGGAAUCUCCAGAGUUGAAAUUCAGUGGGCCCGGUAAACUGGGGAGGACAGAGUAUUUUCAGCAUCUCCGCAAUGCGAAGUUCUGCUUGGCCCCACGUGGAGAAUCAUCGUGGACCCUUCGCUUUUACGAGUCAUUUUUUGUGGAGUGUGUUCCGGUAAUCUUAUCCGAUCAAGUGGAAUUACCUUUCCAAAAUGUGGUCGAUUACAGCCAAAUCUCAAUUAAGUGGCCGUCAACUCGUAUAGGAACCGAGCUUUUGGAUUACUUAGGAUCAAUUCCAGAUAAAACCAUAGAGGAGAUGAUUGCUAGGGGCAGGCGAGUGCGGUGCUUAUGGGUGUAUGCUCCCGAAUCCGAACCUUGCUCGGCUUUUGGUGGAAUCUUGUGGGAACUUCAAAAGAAGGUGAGGCUAUUCCAUCAGUCGGCCGAGACAUUUUGGCUGCACAACGGGUCGAUUGUGAACCGAGAUUUAGUAGAGUUCGGAAAAUGGAAACCACCAAUGCCUUUGCCUUAG